AUGUCGUUGGUACGGCCCAAUGAGCUCCAUAUAAAGGGUCGUAUGUACGAAGUAGCUGGUCGGUUGAGACGGGGGAAAUCGGGGGACUUGGUUCUCCAGCGACGACUCAUGGAUGCCUCCACCCCAGCUGCUGUCCUCGAGAUAGUCCUCCCCAACGCUAACAAACUCGGCAGCGUCAACUACGCCUGUGCCCUGCAUCGGUGUGCGGUGUGGUUCCGUAGUGGUAAGCCGACGCCUUCGGGUCUCUCACAGGUGCCUCGGCUGGCCCUUCAGACAGUACGUGAUUGGCGAGCUCGAGAGGCUGCUACUAUCACUUGGGCUUUGGCUGUGACUCGGGAGCUUGAACACAUCUUGGAAUUCGCUAGGUUGUCCAUGUCGUGUAAUGAGGCCUCUGGAGGUGACCUUGCCAACGUCGUUCACAGUCUGACCAUAUCCGGCCUCAACCCUAGGCAAUGCACGGCGACUCUUGCUGUUGUCGCCAAGCGGGUAACUGCUAUGGACUUGUCCCACUGUGGUGUCAUCGAGCCCAAACAACUGGCCGCGGUUUUCUGGGGUUUUGUGAAGCUUGAGUUCACUGAUGACGACGUGAUGACUUACCUCGUCAGAUCAGCUACAACAAGAAUGGAUGAGUUCAACUCCCAGGACCUCAGUAUGGUCUCCUGGGCUCUCGCCAAGUCCCUGCCUCUCCUGCCCACCGAAGAUUGCGCUCAGGGCAUCGACCGUUUCACUCAGUUCAACACAAGCUGUGACGAACACCUUAUGGGCAUUGGCACGAUGUCGGCAAGCAGGACUAGUGGUCCCUCUGCGUGGGGUCAAGAUGAAGCCGUUGAAGCAGCGAACGUCGCAGAACGUCGCCAACUACUUGUGGAGUUUGUGCGUCCUGGAGUUGCCCUGUCCUGA